CAAUUAUUUUAAAUAAUAAUUUUGAAGUGAUUUAAGUGCAAGUACCUACUCCGAUAACUAGAUGCAAAUUAGAUGCUAACUAGAGAUACAUUAAAUGUUAUGCAAUUCUGUUUUAGCGCUGGGCUACAAGAACACUCACUUGGGCGGCGUGGCGUGGAGGCUGCCGCGCGCCGCUGAGCUGUCACCAGCGCCUGCGCGAGCCAGCGGCGACGCGCUCUGCGGGGUCUUGACGCCGUCGGGCAUCAUUGUAUUGCUGCAGGACGAGGCCGCUCUGCCGUUAGAGAGCGAUGACGGCGAACAACCCCCCAACCUGAAUAUUAGCGAUGUCAUGGACGCCAUAACGCGAGCGGACCCGCUGUUCGGCGCGGGCCCCAUGAGCGUGGAGGGGAUGCCGCGCCAGCUGGCGCCCGCGCCGGGCCAGCCCUACGUGCGCAUCGUCGAGCAACCUGCUGGCAAAGCCCUCAGGUUCCGCUACGAGUGCGAAGGGCGGUCGGCAGGCUCGAUCCCGGGCGCAAACUCCACGCCCGAGAGGCGAUCGUACCCCACCAUCGAAGUAUGUGGGCAUAAGGGCCCGGCCAUCAUCGUCGUGUCCUGCGUCACCAGGGAAGCGCCGUACAAGCCGCACCCGCACAACCUGGUGGGCCGCGAGAAGUGCGACGAGGGCGUGUGCACCGUGAAGACCACCAUCACGGAGGACAGCCCGCAGGUGUCGUUCAGCAACCUGGGCAUCCAGUGCGUCAAGCGGAAGGACAUCGCCAACGCGCUCAAGACGCGUGAGCGGCUGAGGGUCGACCCUUUCCGGACCGGCUUCAACCACCGGAACCAGCCGCAAGGCAUCGACCUGAACGCCGUGCGGCUCUGCUUCCAAGUGUUCAUCCAGGACGAGCGCACCAAUCGCGUGCGGCACUCGCUGCCGCCCGUGGUGUCCGAUAUCAUUUACGACAAGAAGGCGCUCAGCGACCUCAUCAUCACGCGCGUCAGCCACUGCUCGGGGCACGCCAAGGGCGACACCGAGGUCAUCUUGUUGUGCGAGCGGGUGACCAAAGAGGACGUGAUGGUGGUGUUCUUCCAAAAGGAGGGCGACAACGUGGUGUGGGAGGCCAACGCCAACGUGCUGAUGGUGCACCGCCAGUACGCGGUGGUGUUCCAGACGCCGCCCUACCGCAACCCGCACGAACAGAGCCACGUGCAGGUUUUCUUACAACUGAAGAGAACAUCAGACAACGCCAGAAGCAACGCAAUACCUUUCGAAUACAUCCCCAACCACCAAGGUAUGGAUUAUUUAAAGCAUAAGAGACAGAAAACCUUGUCGUCGUCUCUUAUGGCGUACGAAGAAAGAGGUGCCUAUGGCGGCGAACAUAUCAAAUCGGAACCGAGAGGAGAAAAAACCCCUCCCCACCAGUCCAGCCCGAGGAACGUGUUCUCGCCGCCUUACGAACCGGAGCACGUCGCCGAGCACGCGUAUCAGCAAUGGCAGAUGCCAGCUCUCAACAUUCCCGGGCAAAUGACUUACAACCAGGAAAUGCAGUGGGGACAAAACUACACCACACUGCCACAGCUGUCCCCAAGCAUGCAGUCUGUGCCCCAAAACCUGCCUAGCAUGGCAUCGAACCUGCAAUCCAUGACAAAUUACCUGCAGCAGAACACACUGCAACCCAUACAGUCCAUGUCCCCAAACCUGCAAGCCAUGUCACCGAACAUGCAAUCCAUGUCACCGAACAUGCAAUCCAUGUCACCGAACAUGCAAGCCAUGUCCCCUAACAUGCAAGCCAUGUCACCGAACAUGCAAGCCAUGUCACCGAGCAUGCAAGUAAUGUCACCGAACAUGCAAGCCAUGUCGCCGAACAUGCAGAUGUCACAAAUGUCCCCAAUGGGGCAAGUCAGGUCCCCAGUGGGAAUCUCGCCAAACAUGGGACACGUUUCUCCCGCUUCAAUGGGGCACAUCUCUCCUAACCGAAUGCAACAACAGAUGACCCAACAAGAUCUGAUGGAGGCUGCGGCGACUAGCGACACGCCCUCCCUCACCGGCCUCCUCUUGGAGAGAGGCGAGGGAAUACAGUACUCAGGAGAGUUCUCCGGACUCUCCUCCCUACUGGACGCGCGCGGCCCCGACCUCAGCGACAGUCUUAACAGGCUCUCCACCAGCGACCUUCUGCAUUAGCCACAGGGCCCUGUGAAUGAACUGUGAAACUAAAAUUGAAAGUAAACCAAUAGAUUAUGAAAGUGACUUACUCAUAUGAUAUAUUGCCUUGUGACAAUUUUGACAAGUAAAAUAUGUUAAAUAACUUUGUGUCAUUCCCAAACAAACUAGAAAACGCUACAGGUGAUACAAAUCCAGAAAACUUAAUAAUAUUUACAACUGGUAGAAAAUAUUACCUAAUUACCUUCUUACUACCUGUGGUGAAUAUUGCUAUAUAUAUAUCAUCAAUUUAUGUCCCAUUUUUGGUUUGGAGCUGCUCUCAAGCAAAGGUGCGAUGAAGGUGCUUAGACAUAUCACAUUGCUUCCAAGAAGGGUUGGCUGGGUAAUACUGUGUUUACGGAAAUUUCAUACCUAGUUAUCAUCUAAUUAUGUUCUUUAUUGAAUCACUACAAACUUUCUAUAUUAAGAAUAUUUUUAGUUAAUAGAAUAAUAUGUGAUCUUGAAUGAAAUUUUAAGGAAUUUAUUAAAAUAAUGACUAAAGUCUUCUAUAUGAUAAGCUAAUAAACACAAAUCUAUCACGGACAGGUUUGCAGUUUUUUUUUAAAUAAAGAACAAAAUAAAUAAAAAAACGUAUUUGUACAGUGUUGUCAGUAUAUUGUAUAUUUGUAUCUAAUUUUGAGUAGCAUUUUAAAUAAAAGGUCAGAUUUUUUUGUGCCACAUAAUUUUCUUUUGAUUGAUAGAACACCAUGAAACAUUGAUUAAAAUACUUGGUUUAUUAUGUUCCUUGAGGUAGCUACGAAUUGCACUACUGAGUUGAACUUCAUACUAAAUUAGAUAAUGUUUUAAUAACAACAAUGUAAACCAAUUCAAAUAUCAUGGUUAAUUUUUUUAAAAACUGUGGUUUCCUAAGAAGACAAUUCUUUAGCGUUAAACAAAAUUGUUCAGCUAAAUUUGAACUGAGGUGUUUACCUCAGUUCAAAUCUAAUCUAAUAAUCAUUCAAACUUAAGCAAAAAAUAUGAAUUUAUUUUUUGCUCCACCUAGAAGAAAAUAAAAAAUGGGCAAGUUUUGGGUAGCUAGUACAAAUUCAAAUAUAUGCUAUAGUAUGCGAUAGUAUGCUAUUUUCUUCAAAAUAUGACCACAAAUUCCAGUACCAUUUCUACUGGUUUAGAAAUGACUAUUAGGAAUUUUAGUUUCAGUUGUAAUUAUUUCAAUUUCUUGAUAAUUGACGAACAGUAUUUCACUGUUGUAUAACUUCAUAAUAUUAAAAAAUACAAAAAAACUAUGGUUAUGUAAAAUAUUGAUAUUUAUCCUGGUUAUUUUAUAAAUGCGAAAGUGUUAUUGUUCGUUUGUUAGUUUGUCCUUCCUUCACGCUCUAACUAAGCAACCCACUUGUUUUUUUGGCAUUUGAUUAAAAGGAUGGAGAGUAACAUAGCAAAUUUUUAUCCCAGGAAAACAAAUAGUUCCCACAGGAUUUUAAAAAAAUCUUAAUAACCGCGAACGAAGAACGCGAGCAACAGCUUGUGUUUAUAUAAGUUUUAAACUUGAUCAAUAAAUCUAUGUAAUGAAUUUUUUGAAGUUAUACUUCUUUAGCGGGGUGAAGAAUCGAAUUCGAAAUUCGUUACGAAAGAAUUCCGGUAAUUUAAUUGAUUCAAUUUUACAAAAAUCUCCAAUUUUAAUGUUCAGUGAAACUUGGUGGUCCGAUAGUGAGAAAACUAGAUAAUGCGUAAUAAUAAAACUUAGUAUUAGUAACAGUGUAUUAAAUACCUUUUUUCUAUUGUUAUUGUUGUUUUCUCUAGAAACGAAUAAGGUAUAAGAUUAAAUUUUUGAAAAGUUUACGUUAUUUGUUACGCCGAAGAAGUAUAACUUCUAUCGCGUGUACAUAAGUACACACAGGUUUUUUUUUCAUUGAAAGUAGUUACUGCUUUAUCCAAAAUCAUGUUUAAGGUGGUUUUUUUUUGGUUAACUACUUUUUCUUCAAUUGAAAUUUUCAAAUUAUAUAACAGUAAAUAAACAAAGAAAAUUUGAAAAAGAAAACAAAAAUUUGCAAUAUGUAUGAUACAAUAUGAGAUUAAAUAUUUUUGUGAGAUUUAUUAAUAAUUGUUUUAUUUGUGAUUAAUUAUUAUUGUUACGUUUAAGUUGAAAGUGAAUACUAAGGUUGAAAUAAAUUACUGUUAUGUUUUUUGUUACCAAAUAUUAGCGGAGCUGUGUUUGAUUGAAAAAUUGUAUUUCUCAAUUUUUUUUUUACACAAAAUAGUUUUUUUUAUAAAUUAUAUUUGUGCACCUGCCCUAAUUUUUUCAUGACAAUUAAAAUAGGCAAAUAUUCAUUCACUUUGUACAUUUUUUUUUCUGUGGAUGCAAAUACUAAUUAUACUUGCAUUAGCCAUGUCUACGUAUAUCAAAUAGUAAAAUUCAAUGUUCUCAAGAAUAAAAUAGUUUAUGAAACACCACGCUAUAAAUACGUCUACGUGCAAUAAUAUAAGUUCGCAUUUAAUGUGAUAGUUAUAAUUGUUUUCAUAUUUUAAGAAAUUGAAAAAAUAAAUAUUUUACAAUA